AGUUUGGGACAAUUUAGAAUUGAUAAGUUGUAGAAUGUGAAUAGGUUAUGGUUACAAGGCAACGGAGCGACUUGCACAUGAACAUUCCUGCGUUAAGGAAGCUCGACGCCAUGCUCAUUGAAUGCCUAGAUAACUUUAAAGGUGACCAUGAGUUUACUUACGCGUCGAAAAAUGACAACGAAGCAAAAAGCAUGAAAAAGAGGGAAGAGGAUAAAUGGUGGUUACCGACUCCAAAGGUUCCCCCGGAUGGUUUAUCAGACGCCACAAGGAAAUGGUUGCAGUUUCAAAAAGACUCGGUUCACCAAGUGCUCAAAGCAGCCCUAGCCAUUAACGCGCAAAUUCUUAUGGAGAUGGAGGUUCCCGAUAGCUAUACGGAAACCCUUCCAAAGAAUGGACGGGCAAGCUUGGGAGACUUUAUCUAUAAAAGUAUUACCGUUGACCACUUUGACCCGGAUCACUUUCUUUCAUCUAUGGAUUUAACUACAGAUCAUAAAAUUGUUGACCUCAAAAACAGAAUCGAGGCGUCUGUGGUGAUAUGGAAACGGAAGAUGUCUGCAAAAGAUGGACGGUCAGGAUGGGGUUCAGGCGUGAGUUUGGGGAAGAGAGAACAGUUUGAAGAUAGAGCAGAAACGAUCUUACUAAUACUUAAACAACGUUACCCUGGGAUCCCUCAAUCUACACUAGAAAUCAGCAAAAUUGAAAACAAUCGAGUAAGAAAUUUUCUAUAUGUUUAA